CAUAAAUUUCAGAUUUUUAUAAGUUUAAAAGUUUAAUCGCGUCUAACAUUAGUUUAAGGGCAAAUAUUCACGUUGCACAAAACGGUAAGGGCUUUUGCCAUAAAUAUUUGGGUUAUAUUGCAAUCUUGCACAAGCACACGAGAGUAAAUUGAUCCGUUUGUCUAUUCAUUCAACCGCGCCUCCUAUUUGCAUCGCCGCUAACCUUCACAGGCCUCUCUGCUCAUUUAUCCCAAAACUAGGAACGCAUAGCAAGCUUAGUUCCCUGCAUCUCUGCAACUUCGAUAAUGCUUGAGAUAUCAAUUUUAAUUGGUCUUAUUGAGUUGCGUUUUGCCUGUUCAAGCAAACAUAAUGUCAUGGAGAUACAAAUGGAGCUCCUUACACAUAAUACGCAAGACCCAAAUCCUCAAAUCACGCUCACUGCGCCACUUUUCUUCAUCAUCAACGGUAUGUCUUCAUGCAACUGAUAAAACCCAUCAAUUCGUUUCUGGAGAAAAUGUUAAAAAAGUCACUCUUACACCUCAAAUUGUACACUCGACUUUAUUGAACUGCUCUUCUGAUUUGAUUACUUUAAGCUUUUUUAUUUGGUGUGCUAAGCAAAACAAUUACUUUCAUAGUAACCAAGCUUUUGAUCACAUGGUUAGUGUGGUUGUUCGGUUAAGUAACCGUUAUAUGACAGUUAGAGCAAUUGUUCGAGAGUUAGAGAGUGUUGGUUUAGUUAUAAAGGCACACACUUUCUUGCUUUUAUUGAGGAUUUAUUGGCGUGGAGGAAUGUAUUCUAUGGUUUUUGAAACUUUUGAGCAAAUGGGUAGGUUUGGUUUUGAGCCAAAUACAUUUGCACAUAAUGUGGUAAUGGAUGUUUUGUUUAAGAUUGGACAAGUGGAUACAGGAAUUAAGAUUUUGAAAGAGAUGAAGUCCCCAAAUUUCUUAAGUUAUAAUAUUGCAUUAACUAAUUUAUGCAAGUUGAAUGAUUUGGUUAAAGUUAAGAAGGCUCUGCGGAUUAUGUUAAGCAAAGGGUAUUAUCCUAAUGUUGAGACAUUUGAGAUGGUUUUAAAUUGUUGUUGCAAGUUGGGUAGGUUAGUGGAGGCAUGUCAGUUGUUGGCUAUGAUGAUAACUGUGGGAAUUUCUUUGUCUGUGAGUGCUUGGAGUAUACUUAUCGAUUGGCUUUGUCGAUUAAACCAACCUAAUAUGGCAUUUCAUUUGAUGGAGAGGAUGGUUGAUAGUAGUUGUUCUCCUAACGUUGUUACUUAUACAACCCUAUUCAAAGGAUUUAUUGAAUCUAAAAUGAUUCUUAGAGCUUUCGGAAUUCUGACUGCCAUGCAAUCCAAAGGUUAUGCUCCUGACUUGUUUCUUUUUAAUGUAUUGAUCAACUCCUUGUCUAAGAUUGGGAGAUAUGAUGAUGCAUUAGAUAUAUUCUUAUGUUUGCCAAAAUGGAAUUUGGAACCUGAUUCUUAUACUUUUAGUUCUUUGCUGUCAUGCCUAUGCUAUUCUAGAAGGUUUAAUCUUUUACCCAAGCUAAUUAGCAGAUUUGUCAAAGAAGCAGACCUGGUGGCGUGCAACUCACUUUUGAAUUAUUAUUGUAAAGCUGGGUAUCCACAUCUUGCAGUGGAGUUGUAUAAUAAUAUGAUAGAUAAGGGUAUUGUACCUGAUAACUACAGCUUUGUCGGAUUACUUAGAGGGUUAUGUGGAGAAAGGAGGGUGGAUGAUGCAGUCAACGUGUACCUAGGGAUGGUAAUGAAUCAUACCGGUCUUGAUGCUCAUGUACAUUCUGUAAUUAUAGAUGGGCUUAUUAGAAGUGGCAAGUGUUAUAAAGCUGUUAGUUUGUUUAGGAGAGCUAUUGAGGAGAACUAUCAACUGGAUGCUGUAUCAUAUACAGUUGCCAUCUGUGGGCUUGUCAAGAGUGGAAGGACUGCAGAAGCUUUUGCCUUGUAUGCGCAAAUGAAGGAGGUCGGUUUGUAUCCUAAUGCACAUACAUACAAUAUAAUGCUCUGUGGAUUUUGUGCUGAAAGAGACAUUAAAAUGGUCAAAAUGUUGCUGCAAGAAAUUAUUAAGGCAGGGGUUCAACUAGACUACAAAAUAGUCAUUAGAUUGAUCAAUAUUUUGUUCAAGUCUCGUCUGUCUAUUUCACACUUUACCCAGUUAGUUAACUUCUGGAAUUUGGGGUUGAUGCCUGAUGAGGCAAAGAAUGUGCUUUUGAUUGGUCGACUUCAAUAUAAUGUCAAUGAAAAUCAUUCAUUACUGAAAGGUUCUUUGGAGGAUGAUCACUUUGCGGAUUCAUCCAGUUCAGACGAUCUUCCUUAUAUGGCUGCUUCAGUGGGUUGAUAAGCAAUUAACUCUUUUCAUAUUCAAGUUGAGAAUACAUCUUCGAACAACUGGAGUUUAGCGUGCUGCUAGAUACAAUGCAUUAUAAAGGGAGAGUAAUGUUUCAUUCAAGAAAUUUCUACUGGCAGGAUGCGGCUUACGUAUGCUAGCCUUUAGAUGAUCAUAAAUAUUAGAGAACACAUGUUUCCUCACUUGUGUGAAUUAGCCUCUGCCUACAUCAUUCAUGAGGCUAGCACAGGGGACAUUUGUGCACUCCUUUCUCUGCUCUACCAUUGGCAUAACAUAGAAAAGGGCUACUAUUGCUACUUGAAGAAGCUUCCUCUCGCCACAGUAUGCGCCUAUGAAUAUUGGCACAUCAACUUAGCAUCCUCACUUCGUAAUGAAAUUUUAUUUCUUAAUAAUGUGAAUUAAAGGCGCUUUGUGGUUGGUCUGGUUGGCCUGGGAAAUCGAUAGAUUUUUUUUUUCUGAGGACUAACUCUAAAUUGGGUGUACAUGGAAUAAGUCAGGUAAAUUUCCAAUUAUUGACGGGUGAGAUACUUAUUUUGCAUUUGAGUUAAUAGAAAAGUUUUAGGUUAGAUUGGGAAUAGUUUAGAAAUUGUAAAGCAUGUAAUGACAAAAGGUAAUAAACUUCAUUGGGAAAUUUAAGAGCAACCACAAUCAGGUAGUAGCAGUCCCAAUUAUCAGCUAUCUAUUAUUUUUUUUUCUCAAAACCUAUGUUUAUCGUUUUUUAACCUAUGUUCAUAAAAAGGUUUCUCCUUUUUGUUUAAUCUUUAAAUAAUUAUAGUUGUGUUGGUGAUAAAUGCAUUCCACAUUUUGUUAUGGAUUUAAUAUCUAAAUCCAAGUUUAACGUGUUUGGUAUGAAUGAAACUAUAAUCGCUCAUAACUAAGCCAACCUCUAGGAAAAUUGAUAGAAUUUCCAAAUUAAUUAUGACAAAAACACCCAAUUCACUGUCAGUCUCACCUUAGGCACUCCGUCCUCGCAAGUUGAGUUUUUCUCUGCCAAUCCAGAGAAGCUGUCUGGCUUUAAAGUCGCAAGCAGCUCUCUACCAUGGAAAAAAAGAAAAAGAAAAAUUGCUUGUGUAGCUAGCCAUUUCUUUCAAUGAUGCUGCAAAAAUUAGAUAAUAUAACUUCUGCUAAGAUUUUGAAUGUCUUAGUUUGAUGAAUUCUUGUCAGUAUUGAAAGAAUACCCUGUGCUUGCUGUAUAUUAAGGUCAUUUUUACAGGCACAUUUUUGUGUUAUCUUCAUGCUCCAGAGAUAGACGGCCAGAGAUAAAGAUGCUUUGAUAGACUGGAACCAUGCAUUAAUGUUGGAAAUUAUUUCAAAAUAGCAUCUGUAUAAAAGGGAUAUACAUCUUUUCUCUAACGCUCUGAUUUUGCAGGCUACAUACUGUAUUGCAGCUUAGGUCAAUUGCCAUGACCACAUUGCAUUUGUAGAUAAGGAGCUUUCCAAAUUGACAUGGAUGCAAUAAGAUCUAAGGAAUAUAUUGAUGAUGCAUUCAAUUACAGAACAAUAUUGAAACAAGUUGGGGAAUAAUGAGGUGAGAUCAUGUUGCUUAAUGGAAUGGCAAAACCUGGACUUAGGGUACUGAAAGUACAUCGAGCCUAAGAUUUACGCACCCAUGAGGAUCAGAUUGAUUGAAAUGAGUUGAACUUUGAUCUACUUGUUGGAUGUCAAUGGAUGCUGUACAUUUCAUGGCUUUUCUUUGCAUCACCAUGUACUUGACAAUAUUUCAUAUUUUUAUUGCGAGAGUUGAAAAGAGGUCUUUUUUUGGUUGUGCAGGUUUGCUGUUAACACUGAUAAACUACUUGUACGUUUUCAGGUCUUCUUGCAAAGGACUUGUUUAUCUGUCAGGAAUUUUACUUCACUUAUUUUAUUACAGAAGAAGCUCUUUGAUUAGAGUCUUCUCAUUCCUGAAUACAGAGCACUGUUGUACAUAUUCCGGUAACGAAUUCACCACUUCUUCAAAUUGAAAAUCUGGAUGUAUCAUGGCAACCAAAAAUCAUCUGAUGGUAUAUAUUACAUAACAUCCUUUGCAAGUAAUAUGAUCUCUUCUUUUUGGUGACGAGGAAGGUGGAAGCGCACAAUCAAUUUACCCAAUGCAAGAUUUUGCCUGAGCAAUGGUUAUGAAUUUGUUGGCUUAUGUCUCUGGCAGGAACGACAUCAGGGUCAUUGUAGCCUGUGCUUUUUAAGUAGCGGGCUGCAAUGAGUUUUAUAAUUUAUUUUUUUUGCACAAGGUUUUGAGCAACCCCUUCCUCUCUGACCUUUGUCCUGAAAAUUUAUAUACUUCUGGCCAUACUCCAGUAUUAAGCGUUGGUAUGACAAGAUUGGCACCAUAUUCUAACUCAGUUUACAGGCAGUUUAAGGUACUAGUUUGCAGUCCAAGAAACCCAAGUGACCUGGUUGUCUGAAGUUGGCAAGUACGUUCAGAAACAUCCCAAGAAUCUCAUGGUAAUUCUUGAGUUCUUGUUCUUGCUGUGGGGUCGUCAGGUGCUGUUUGUAAAGAUGGAGAAUUGGUGAUUUGAGGCUAAAGAACUGAAGUUUCUGUCAGUACAGAGCUACUACCAUUGCUCUAGCUCAGAGUGCACUCAAUUCCUUUUGUUAUUAUUAUUUAUCUCAUUUCCUUUUGAGCCUUAUAGACACUGAAUGCUGAAUGCUGGAUGCAUCUGAUUAUAAAUCACUUUCUGGAAUUGGAAA